AUGAAUAAAGUGAUAGAAAUCUCGGACAGGCCUAAUUGCGACAUCAUAGCGUUAAGUUUUCCGCACCCACCGACAAGCAUCAACUGGUCCGUCUUUGGGAUUUUUCAUAGUGAUAAGAAUGAAGACAAACUCAUUGUUGGUAGCAUUGAAAGUGGAGGACGACAGCAGCAUUGGAAAUUUGGCGUUUUCCCAAACGAGUAUAAUUUCCGGGUUUCCAAUGCUAUGCUUGUUUACCACAAGUAUCAAUACCAUUGCUUGGAUGUGAAGGGACGUCUAGGUAAAUUUGAAGAUCCUCAUGGAGGGGAUGUAACAUGGAAUAUUGUGCCGCGAAUCGGAUUCAAAGGUUUGAAAUUAAGGGCAGUGAAUCAGACCUUUUUAGCGGCCGGAGAAGAUGGAGACAUUUUCGCUGUGGUUGUUAGCUGUGAUAAUACAGAAGUCUCGGUUUACAAGUUAGACCCUUUUGAAUUUGAGUGGAUACCAGUGGAAAAUCUAAGAGAUAGGAUGCUAUUUCUAAGCGAAACUGCAUCCUUUGGGGCAAAAGCUACCCGAUCCGCGAUGGGCAACAAGAUCUAUUUUCCGAAAUUUUAUGGCACAAGUGGUGUCUUUUAUUCUUUAUCUACAAAGAAAUAUCGCUCAUAUGAUGGCAGGUUUGCUGCUAACGAACCCUACAUGUUAGAGAAUAUGUCCACCGCGACUUGGAUCCAACCAUACUAUCCUAGUUAA